AUGAACCAAACCGCCACCGUAUCGCAUCAAGUGAAAUGCCAGUCUACGAAGACCAUCAAGGACCUGGGUGGGGGGAUUCCUCCUCAGAGGAACUGGAAAGGCAUUGCCAUCGCUCUGCUGGUCAUCUUGGUGGUCUGCUCCCUUAUCACCAUGUCUGUCAUCCUCCUCACACCAGCUGACAACCAAGCUGGAAGUGACACCAAGCUGGCUGUGGAAGAUCUGUUCAGACCUGAGUUCAAGGUCCAUGACCCGGAGGCCAAGUGGAUCAAUGACUCUGAAGUCAUCUACAGAAACAGUGACGGCCACGUCAUCAAGUUCAACAUCCUUACAAACGAGACGGAGAUUGUCCUGACGAACACAACAUUUAUCAAUUUCAACGUGGUCAAGUACUCUGUCUCCCCUGAUCUGAAGUAUGUGCUCUUUGCUUAUGAUUUAAAACAGGUUUACCGCCACUCCUACAUGGCCUCCUACAGUAUCUACAAUAUUCACACUCGAGAGGUUUGGGAGCUGGACCCUCCUGAGGUGGUGAACUCAGUCCUUCAGUACGCGGCUUGGGGAGUGCAAGGCCAACAACUGAUCUACAUAUUUGAGAACAACAUCUACUACCAAUCAGAUGUCAAGAGUAACUCCCUUAGGCUAACAUCCUCAGGGAAGGAAGGGAUCAUCUUCAACGGGAUUGCUGACUGGCUCUAUGAAGAGGAGAUCCUUCAGACCCAUGUGGCACACUGGUGGUCACCUGACGGAGAGAGGUUGGCCUUCCUGGUCCUUAAUGACAGUCUGGUGCCCAACAUGGCUUUACCUCGCUUCACCGGCCUGACAUACCCCAAAGGAAAGCAAUACCCAUACCCGAAGGCCGGCCAACCCAACCCGGUGGUGAAGCUCUAUGUAGUGAAUCUUUACGGGCCGACGCACACGCUAGAGCUCAUGCCUCCAGAGACGCUCAAACUACGGGAACAUUAUGUUACCAUGGUGAAGUGGAUCAGCAAGACCAAGACUUCUGUCAGGUGGCUGAACCGAGCCCAGAACAUCUCCAUCCUGACCGUGUGUGACACCACCACCGGAGCCUGCGUCACGAGACAUGAAGAAAGCUCGGAGCUCUGGCUUUCCAAGCAGAACCAAGAACCGGUGUUCUCCAAAGACGGCAGCAGAUUCUUCCUGACCGUCCCGGUCAAACAAGGCGGGCGUGGAGAGUUCCAUCACAUCGCCAUGUUCACCACACAGUUCAGAGCAGAUCAAAAUGAAGUCCGACAUUUAACAUCAGGGAACUGGGAGGUGACCAAGAUCCUUUCCUUUGAUGAGAACACUGACAACCUUUAUUUUCUCAGCACAGAGGGUUCACCACGGCGACGGCAGCUUUUCAGUGUUAAGACUGUGGGUCUGUUCCCACGCCGCUGUUUGACAUGCGAGCUAAAUAAAGCUCACUGUCUGUACUUCGAUGCUGACAUCAGCCCCACGAACCAGCACAUUAUCCUGCAUUGUAAAGGUCCUGGAGCGCCGACUGUGAUCUUACACAGCCUCAAUAAUUCAAAUUACUACAUCCUUGAGAACAACUCGUUGCUGAAGGCGGCCUUGAAGUUCAAAAGGAUCCAGAUGACUGACUUCAGAACUGUUCAGAUGGAACAUUUUGAUUUACCUUUGAAGAUCUCCUAUCCUCCAGACUUCUCUGAGUCCCGUCACUAUGGCCUACUGUUGCUUAUUGACAGCGCCCCCGGUGGUCAGGCUGUGAGCAACCGCUUCUCUCUCAGCUGGGACUCUGUGCUGGUCAGCUCAGACAGCGUCAUCGUGGCUCGGCUGGACGGCCGGGGCAGCGGCUUCCAGGGUCAGAGGAUCCUGCACGAGGUUCACCAGAGACUGGGAACUGUUGAUGUUCAGGACCAGAUUGCAGCAGUAGAAUUCAUGAUGACAUUUCCAUAUAUUGAUCGGACACGGAUAGCAGUGUUUGGAAAGGGAUAUGGAGCGUACAUAACAUUAAUGAUGCUCAAGUCGACUGACAGCCUCUUCAAAUGUGCCUGUGCGAUGUCUCCAGUGACAGACUGGAAACUCUAUGCAUCAGCGUUCUCUGAGAGAUACCUUGGCAUGCCAUUACGGGAUGACAGCAGAUAUCAGUUUUCCAGUGUGCUGCAGAAUGCUCAAGCACUUAGGGAGCAGACACUGAUGCUGGUGCACGGCACAGCAGAUGCCAACAUCCACUUUCAGCAUACUGCUGAGCUCGUCAAGAACCUUGUGAAAGUUGGAGCAAACUACUCAAUGCAGAUAUACCCAGAUGAGGGCCAUUUCCUGUCUCAGCAGAGUCGCCAGCACCUCUACGCCACACUUAUAAGCUUCUACAGGGAUUGUCUGAAGGAGGAGUUAAUAGCGCUGCCUGAUGACGAAGAGGAGGAGGAGGAGUAGGCGGGAGGCUUUGAGGGUCAGACCUUUGGCAGAGCUUGAAGAAUUUUGCUAAAAUCCGUCAAGGCCUUUCACGUUUGGACCAAGUGUUUAGCCGGACAUGGACAUUGGGUUAGAGCUGCCAAUGCUCUAAAAGUGUGUGUGGCUGUGUGUGUGAGCACUCCGGUGUGUGACUGUGUAUGUAUAAAUGUGUUGAAAAGAUAACCGAAGGACAUGACAGUGACACUUGCAUUGCCGGGACUUAAGGCAGGAACUGCCCUCUAGCAUAAAGUCAUUUCAGUUUUGGGACGCUCCGUUUCUUGGCAAAGCCCACGGAAGACUGCCUCCAUCUUCUGCGGGCUCUCUGGGCUGUUGUCAUCUACAAGUGCAUGGUUCUUUUUUCCCUAGCGGCUUCACUCAUAUCGCCAUGUUAGUCCCCUUCGUGGUAACACUUGGAAAGAAAUGGACACAGACACGUUUGAUCUCACCUCUCCUAUGGUUGUUGUAUUGUUGCUCAAGGAAAUGCUCCAGCGAAAAUGUUUAGUCACGCAAGUUCACAACAGCAGAGACGAUCCUGAAUAAGUGCUAUUUCCUGCUGAAACCCUCCGCCAUCGUCCACCCUGAAUAAAAAAAAAACACUAUAGGUCACACUUUAUUGUACAGGGGUCUUGUGUAGACAUGUACAAUGCCUUAUGAGGUUCAACAUACUGUAAUAUUACUUGCUGGCAGUGGUAGUCAUCCAUUAGCAGUGUCAUGUUAGCCUAUGUCAACUCAGGUCCUCGAGACACAGCAUCGCAAUCAGUUUAGUAUCAGUUACAACAGCUGAAUGGUUAUGAAUAUGUUGUGAAUUCUAUAUGGUAGUUUCAGGCCACACUUAAAAGGAUUGUGGAGAUGUUUUGAAGUGUGGUUGUAAAAGAUAAUUAUCUAUAGUCAGUGUGUUACCUACAGUAGAUGUGGUCAGCACACCCCCACUUUGGAGAAGCAGACAGGAGUACCAGCAGGAAGCUAAGUACUGUACUGCUGUGGACAGGUCAGCAGCAAAACAUAUGUUCGACACCUAAACGAAAGGCCACACUAAUAAAUCAUUAUUGUUAUCUUUGCUGUCUUCAAAGCCACCAAGACUCUAUUGAAAACAAACAGCAGGUUUACCUUGCAGAACACAGAAGUUGCUAAUCUACCUCUGCUUCGAUUGAUUAGUUAGUUAGUUUGUGUUGUUGUGUAAAUUUGGUGAAUUCAAACGAACAAAAGUCACACAAUAACACAAACUAACUAACUAACUAACUAACUAACAGACAGAGGCAGCAGUAGAUAAGCAACCCCUGUGUUCUGCAAGGUAAAAUGACUGUCUUUUUCAAUGGAGUCUGGUGGCUUUGAAAAGAGUAUAGAUCGGGUUUCAGUUCCCCGUUGGAAAGGGUUGUGUGACAGCAAGGUAAAGUGGUGAAGAUAUUCUAAAUACAGCGUACACCUAAACAGGUGUCAAAAAUAUGUUUUGCUGCUAACCUGUCCACAGCAGUACAUUACUUAUCUUAGCUUAGCUUAGCUUAGCUUAGUUUAGCUUAGCUUAGCUUAUCUUAGCUUAGCUUAGAUUCCUGCUGGUACUCCUGUUUAUUUCUCCAAAUUUGGGGCAAGCUUACCAUCAUCUACUGCAGGUAACACACUGGAUAAGUGUUUCAUACAACCACAAUUCAAAACAUCCACACUUUCCCUUUAAUAUGUCAUUAAAUCCUGUUUUCUUAAAAUCUCAAAAGGUAUGACAAUUUUUCAGCGUGGCUCCACCUGAUUCAAGAGCUUUCUUGAAGUCAAGAGACAUUUUCUCUAUUUCUGGAUAUUCUCUUAUUUCAAGAAAAAAAAAAUUAUUGCAAUGGAUAUUAAUGAAAAUGGGUGUACUAAGAUGGACAAUUUUACAGUGUCAGUAAGGUGUUUGCAUGUCUACAGGGAACGUGUCAAGUGUUGUCACAUUUUGUAUAGUACAAUACAGCAGAGUGUGUACAUAAAUAUAUUUUUGAGAUGUCAGAUAUCAUAGAUAGUUUAGUCUAUUGGGAUGGAUUGAUUUGACCUGGAUGUCUUGUACUUUUUUCUUUCUGUUUUCCUUUCAGUUGUUGAUUUUCUUCAUAGGAAGGAUUUUGUAAUGCUUGUUCUUGUUCUUUUUGCUGUUUUAAAGGGAAAGGUUAGGGCUGAGCUUUUGGGCUUAUUGUGAUUGUCCUCUAGUGAUGAUUAUGAAUAAAAAAAGACGAUGAAAAACA